AUAUAUUAUUUUUAUAUAUGAAGAACAGAAUCUCCCUCCUCAAAAAAGAAAAAGAAAAAGAAAUUCAAUCAACCGCAAAGUUAACUCUCCAAAAGAAAAACACACUACCCUCGCUAUUGUAUUCCAAAUUAAACUAAUUAACAUGGAGAAUAAUACAAUAUAUUGCGAUCUUUCUCCAUUGGAAUCUGUUCAACACUAUCUUCUAGAGCAUGAAAAUGAUUCCAACACUCUCUCCAAUGUCUCCAACCACGAAAUCUGCUUGGAAGGUGUCCACGACUCAAAGGGUUUAUUUUCAUGCAAAAGUGAACAGCAUGUGGACGCGCGUGAAUUUCACACGCAUCCGGUAUGGAAGCAUUACCGGGGCGUGAGGCGGAGGCCGUGGGGAAAGUUCGCGGCGGAGAUAUGGGUCCCAAAGAGCAAAGGUGGAAGGGUUUGGCUUGGGACUUAUGAGACUGAAGAAGAAGCAGGUUUAGCUUAUGAUAGAGCUGCUUUCAAGAUGCGUGGUAGCAAAGCAAAGUUGAAUUUUCCUCACCUGGUUGGUGAGCACGUAUUUCUGGAGCCGAAGAGAAUUAGGAAGGCUUCAAAGCAAAAUUCAUCGAAGCCUGAUCAGUCAUUCUCUCCGACUCCAGAGACACAAGGGUCAAAGAAGAGGAAGAAGUUGGGUGAUUUGUUGAACAGGUUGGCUAAGAGUAGAGGGCAAAUGCAGGUGUUUGAAAUGGGUUCACAUGCAAAUUAAUGUUGUUGGCGUUUGAUCAAUGGUGUAAUCUGGUGCCCACUGUUUUACUGUUGCGAGGUUUGGAUUUUUCAUUAAAAAAAAAAAAGUGAUAGGUAGAUUCUUUGAACUUUGAACCAAUUUAACAAAAGAAAUUAUAGAUAGAAUGAGAAAGAUAUGUUAAUAAAAUAUUAAUGUGUUGCAGAGAGAAGUUUAUAUAUUUCCUCUUUUAUCUAGUGACUUGCAUACGCUCCUGUAGGUGAAAUUGAGGGGUUGUUGGUUGUCAUGAAUUUUAUUUUAGAGUCUUCAUCUAUAAAAACCCAUGAGAGGAAAUGAAAUAUUUCAC